AGAGACAGACAGGCAGUUAGUUAGGCAGCAAGAGCAGGUGCAAAACCAAAGAGAGAAAGAGAGCGAGGAGAGACAGAGAGAGAGAGCGAGAGAGUGUGUGUGAGAGAGAGGGGGGGGGUCUAGGUGUAUUUAAAUCAAUCAUUUGCCUCUUCUUGUAUGAGAUCAGACAAUCCAACUCUUAAUCCCAACACAGAGUCCCACGCUCAGCACGAUCGGUCAACAUCCGAACACCACAAGAUGGAGACGAGAGACUGAAGAACUAAAAUCACUGACAGUGCAAGUUGUGUUUUGUGCUCUGCAUGGAUCCGCAGUCCUCUCCAGGGUGGUCUUUGUUGGUGACCCCUGUGCUGUCAUGCCACCCUCUCAUUAACAGCCUACAGAGACAGAUGUCUGAGCAGCACCUGAAGCUGGAGAGGGAGAGAGAGAGGGAGGAAAGAGACAGAGAGAGACAGGGGCUUAAACAGCUUUGGGAUAAAGAGAAGAGCCAAUACAGUGCAGUGGCCAGUCCUUGGGUGAGAAAGAAGCUGCGACAGUUGAUUAAACACAAGCAGUACCAAGCAGUGUCCACCCUCAGCAGCUUCCCCACAGGAUUCAGGUCGCUGGCUCCUAUUCCGGACUUGAAGGUUCAACAUCAUCAACGGAACUCACCUUCAUCUCAAAACUACAGAAGUGAGCAGUUGCGGAGAACAGUUUCAGAGCCCCUUCUGAAAUCGAAGCUAAGGAGGAGUGUGACAGGCAGAAAGAAUCCUCUCCACCGUAAUUCAAGUGCUCCCCCUACAGACUGCCCUAGCACUCCAGUAUCUGAGUACACUUCACUCUCCAGUCAGUCAGACAGUAGAUUGCUAGUCUGGGACUACAACAGAGGACUGACUCAAGAGAGUGAAAGACAUCUGAAUUCUGCAAAGAUAGAGAACAGACCCAUGGGAUCUCCUCAACACGUGUAUAUCUCACAUGGGCAGGAGGGUGUGGUGGAGGCUUUCCCCUCGACUGUACAACCAGUUUUUUUCCUGAACAACACUGGAUUCCUGCAGACUCCAGUCCUCCCCAGUCCUCACACACCAGUUCAACCAGUACAUAUGGUGGUGAGGCAGCAUAGGCCACUGACCAGAACCCAAUCACAGCCCGUAAUUCAGUGGGAUCAUUAUCCAGAGACCCAGCGUAUGUACCGGACCUACAGUAGCAGACGACACAAGAGGCCUAGACACACACAAGAGGUGCUGGUCCAGCCUGGAAUACGCCAGGCCGUGGCAGGACAGCAGGACCAGAACAAAGAGCAGCAACCAGAGAAAACCACAUGGAGGGAGAAAUAUAGAUGUAGUUGUAGGGAUGGAGACAGACCGCCAACAACUGCGAAAAGCAAUACAGCGGUUGAACUGGUGUUUAGUAAAGAAUGCGGACAAAUCAGCAGCGAGCAGGACAAGCAUUUAGAUCAAAGGUCAGCACAGAGGAUGAAUGCUGGAUCCCAUCGGCCUCUGAUACGCAUCGAACCCUCUCCUGGCUUCUACCUGCCUGGCAGCGCAGAGCGCCCUACUGACAACGCAGAGUUGCCCGGCACAGGUUUGGUAUAUGACUCACAGAUGAUGAAGCAGCAUUAUUCCUGGGGUCGUAGCGUUCUUCACCCUGAGUAUAUCAGAACUGUGUGGACAAGACUGCAGGAUUCAGGCCUCAGUAAACAGUGUAAGUUGAUCCCAGCGAGAAAAGCCACUGUUGAGGAAAUCCAGGUGGUUCCUCAAGAGAGCCAUGCUUUUCCUUAUGGAACAAAUCCUCUGGGUCGUCUGCACCUGAAUGCAGCAAGGAUGGCAGCGGGCUGUGUGACGGAGCUGGCACUGCGUGUGGCACAGGGAGAACUGAGGAAUGGUUUUGCAGUAGUUAAACCACAUGGACAUGAUAUGUCAAACUACGAGGCAGUUGGUUUCUCUAGUUCAGUAGCGAUUGCUGCUAAGCAGCUUCAGCAGAGACUCAGUGACAAAAAGAUUAUAAUUGUUAACUGGGAUGUUCAUCAUGAUAACAUCGUUCAGAACAUUUUCUACACAGAUCCAAAAGUCCUCUGCAUCUCAUUGCACCGCUGUGAUGAGCUUAGCUGUGGAGGAGGAGAGCCCACUGAAGUGGGCUCAGGUGAAGGAAAGGGCUUCAACGUUAACGUGGCAUGGCCAAGUGGACUGGAUACUCCAAUAGGAGAUGCAGAAUACCUGGCUGCGUUUAGGACUGUGGUCACCCCCAUUGCAGAGGAGUUCUCCCCUGAUGUGAUUCUGGUGUCCUCUCAGUUUAAUGCUGUUGAUGGUCACCCAACCUCUAAAGGAGGACACAGAGUGUCUGCUAAAUGUUUUGGAGUGCUGACACAGAAGCUGAUGGAUUUGGCCAGAGGUCGGGUGGUCCUGGCUGUAGAGGGAGGUCAUGACCUUACGCCCAUAUGUGACGCAUCUGAGGCAUGCGUCAACGCUCUGCUGGAAAACAAGGUUGAAUCUCUGUCUGAUGAUGUGCUGAUGAAGAGACCUUGUGCUGAGGCUUUUAAGUCCCUGCAGAAAGUGCUGCACAUCCACAGUAAGUACUGGAGCUCAUUGAAGUCUGUAGAUGAUAUGUUAUCUCAGUCAUGGCUGCAGGCUGUGAGGAGAUCUUCUACAGACAGUGAUGCUGCCUCAGCACUGGCCUCUCUCAGCAUGACUGGACCAAACACAACCAGAGCACUUGAGUCAGGCGGCCUGUUUUACUACCGCCGCAUCCAAAACGAGCCCAUGGAGCACGAUGAGAACGAGACUACGUGAUGCAGAAAGAUGGAUGAUAAAAACUUCCCCCUUAGUAAGGCGAAAAGAAGACAACCCCCUGAAACUGGAGAACAGUGACAAGACCUUUCAGCUUUACUUAAAUUCUUGAACACAGCUCUGGAGACACACAGUGUUUUUACACCAAUCAGUAUCACAGUUAUCCUAACCAAAGGUUCCUUCAGUGUUGUAAAAAAGUCACCUAAAGUGAUACUUAUGUGUUUCAUAUAUAUAUAAUAAAUACUGCAUAUUGUUAUCACACAUUUAGAUGAACAAAUAUCACUUCUUGUUUAUGACUUUAAGAACACAAUAAGUUGAGGUUUGUGCUGUCUUUAGAGUGAG